AUGGCGACGGUGAAGCGCAACACCGAGUUGAAGAAGGUCAAGUUCGGCACCACCGACAUGAUGGUCACGCAGGUGUGCGCGGGCACGAUGACGUGGGGAUCCUUCAACGCGGACGAGAGCCAGGCGCACGCGCAGCUCGACAAGCUCUGGCAACUCGGGGUCAACUUCAUCGACACCGCGGAGCUCUACCCGGUGGCGUGGAACUACGGCGCGUUGACGGAACGGUGGAUCGGCAACUGGCUCACCAAGCGCGUCGCCGACGGCACCGUGGAGCGCUCCAAGCUCUACAUCGCGACCAAGGUGAACCCCGGCGGCGUCGGGAACGAGCAUCCCACGCGCGCUAAAAAGGUGCACGGAUACGACGAGGAGAUCGUGGAGUGGUCCUGCCGCAAGUCCAUCGAGCGCAUGAACUGCGGAUACAUCGACCUCUACCAGAUCCACUGGCCCUCGCGCGAUACUCCCCUCAUGUCCACUCCCACGUUCAGGCCCGCGGAUGAAAACGGGAAGAUAAAAAAUCGCCCCAUGGGAUGGCACGACAGGGGCGCCCAGGAAGAUUUCGACAGGACGAUCAAGUCCAUCAUGAAGCUCUUCGAGCUGGGCCUGAUCCGCCACUGGGGCGUCAGCAACGAGAACGCGUUCGGGAUCACCAUGCUCUGCCAGACCGCGACGCGACUCGGGUGCCCGCUCCCGGUUUCGUGCCAGAACGACUUCAGCAUCCUCAACCAGACGUACGAGGAGGACACCUGGGAGGCUGCGUACAGGUUCAACAUCGUCGGCCUCCCCUACGGCGCACUCGCGGGCGGAACCCUGAGCGGCAAGUACUUCGAUAAGCCGCUGGACAAGUGCAGGCACAGGGUCAGCGCAGGAUUUCAGCCCAGGUACGGCUGCGCGCAGGCGAUGGCGGCGACGCGCGAGUGCGUCGAGCUCGCCGAGCGGUGGAACAUCACCCCAACGGAGCUCGCGAUCGCGUGGAGCAUCGCCAGGCCGUGCAACGCCAACGGCAGCGUCAUCAUCGGCACGACCACGGUGAGGCAGGUUGAGGAAUGCGUGGGCGCCGCGCUCCUCGAGCUCCCGGACGAGCUCAUGAAGGAGGUGGACGUGAUCCACGAGAAGUACAGGAACCCGUGCAUGUACUACACCGAGAAGGAGAUCUGGAAGAGCCUGCCGGGUCUGCCGCCCCCCGCGUCCGAGCCGGAGCCCGAGCGCGAGCAGUGA